UCGGUUGCGGAAAGGUGGAUCAGCAGCAACAUAAGCUGCCGCGGAUGGCGCAGUCUAAAUUCGUGUAAUACGGUGCGGGACGGUCAUCGUCAACUUGGUCGCGUUCGAUUCAGACGAUAAUCGACCGGGCAGAUCCAGGAAAAACGCCGGAGGCAUGGUGUCGAGUAGCUGAAGACCUCAUUGCCAUUGUUUAUUGCGGGGGCCUCUAAUCGCUUCUGAUCUGUGAUUCGCAUAGAACAAAACUUUCCCACACAAGGUGUCAGGUUGAUGACCAUGCUCAAUUAAAAAGUGCAAAAUAUGUAAAAGCUCCAUCGCAUCACAAGCUACGGUUAGUCGGUUCCGAUACCCUCGAGAGGGCGAUUUACGUGACAAUAGAACUUCGAACACACAUCACAUUCAGCGAGACUGAACGGUGGACGGGAAUUGUGAAUAGAAAAACUCAAGACCUCGUUGUUGGAUUAUAACGUGGGCGAGAACAGUUUUCAUCAGCAUCAAAGGGUCAGAAAAAACACCAAACUAUUCGAUUGGAUUAUCAAAUGCCAAAUAGGCGAUAAUACGAAAGUGUCACAUAAGAACCCCUAUGCUUGCAUUUAUGUUCUGCAAGCAGAGUAUUCAACACCAGCAAAAUACCCACUCGAUUGACGAAGCGGGCCAACGUUUCGCGUUAUCGUUAAGUUUGUUUAUUUAACGCAAAUUAAUGCAAAUAACCCCUGCGGCACCAGUCUCGUACGCCCCUAGGAAACGGUCAUUUUUAUCAGCUGGAAGGACACUACACAGCGCAACCAUAGCACACUGUGGUUUGGCUGAACUAAUACAUAUUUUCCACGUCACCGGCCGGGAGCGAUUAAAGUAAGCGUGGUGUUAUCACAUAUACCGGGUAUAUACCGGUUUUUUUGGUACCGUGGAGAAGGCGUCAAAUGUGCCUGGUAAAACGAGGAGCUGCCCAAAAAACUGCUUGACACGCAGCCAAACGGAUUGAAAGAGGAUUCCUACAAAUCACGACGCAAGGAAACUUUCCUGGGAAGAUGAUCAUCCGACAACUGAUGGGUUUAAACCCGUGGGCCCGCGUGCUGAUACCGUUCGUGUUCGUUUGGGUGUUGUUUGUACUGAUAUUCUACUCGAAGCUCAACACAUCCGCCUUGGCGAGCAGUAGUAAUGGCCAUGGAGAAGGAGACGAUGCCCUAAAACGGCUGGAACAAGCCCUGCAGCAGCUGGAGCAAUCGAAGCGGAUCGACCACGAGCUGCGACUUAUGGUUGACGAUUACCUUGCCGAAGCGGGACAAUCGGCGGAUCGCAAGCAGCGAUUCAUCGAUGAGCUGGGUAAUAAGCUGGACCAGGAAGCCCCUGGAACGGGCGCGUUGUCUUUGGCACGUUCCCGAAGCACCCCCACGCUUGAGUAUGAACGAUUGCGAAGGCGAGUGCAAACCAAUACCCAAGAGCUGUGGAAUCUGCUACAGUCCGAGGUCACGAAGGUCCAAAAGCAAGCGCAGCGUACGGCCCCGGAGCUGGUCAAACCACUGACCAGUUUCCUGUCGCUCGCGGCAGAACACAAGCGAUCGCUGCUGACCGACAUCGAGCGGACGCGUGCGGCCGAUGGGUACGAGGUGUGGCGUCACCGAGAGGCGGCCGACCUGAGCGAUCUGGUGCAGAAGCGUCUCACACACCUGCAGAACCCCGAAAACUGUUCCACGGCCCGGAAGUUGUUGUGUCGCCUGAACAAGGGCUGCGGGUAUGGCUGUCAGUUGCACCACGUCGUCUAUUGCUUCAUUAUGGCGUACGCGACCGAGCGCACGCUCAUAUUGAAAUCGAAGGGAUGGCGUUACCACAAGGCAGGCUGGGAAGAAGUGUUCCAGCCCAUCUCGGAUACGUGCCUGGACUCGAACGGUGCCUCGCAUGCCAGCUGGCCGGGUCAGGCAAACACGCAAGUGCUCACGCUGCCGAUCAUCGAUUCGCUCAAUCCACGGCCACCGUACUUACCGCUCGCAAUACCUGCCGAUCUGGCUCCGAGGUUGAUGAAGCUGCACGGCGACCCCAUCGUGUGGUGGAUUGGACAGUUUCUGAAGUACCUACUCAAACCGACGGGCGAAACACGCCAGAUGCUGGAAAACGGUAUCGAGAGAUUGGGAUUCAAGAAACCAAUCGUUGGAGUACACGUACGCCGAACGGAUAAAGUAGGCACCGAAGCAGCGUUCCAUGGGAUUGAAGAGUAUAUGAUGGCAGUGGACGAUUACUACGAUCAACUCGAGUUGACGGAAAAGGUAGAGAAGCGACGUGUAUUUGUAGCAAGCGAUGAUCCGAAGGUUAUAGAAGAAACAAAACGAAAAUAUCCUCACUACGAAGUAAUCGGUGAUCCAAACGUGGCUAAAAUGGCAGCGGUAUCGACGCGAUAUACCGAUUCCUCCCUGAAUGGGAUCAUCCUAGAUAUCCACCUGCUUUCUUUGAGCGACUAUCUCGUGUGCACUUUCAGUUCCCAAGUAUGCCGCGUGGCAUACGAAAUCAUGCAGAGCAUGUAUCCGGAUGCAUCCGGGCGUUUCCGAUCGCUCGAUGACAUUUACUACUAUGGGGGCCAGAAUUCUCACAACCGUGAAGUGGUUCUACCACACGACCCGAAGGGUCACGACGAGAUUCAGCUACGACCGGGCGAUCUGGUCGGCGUGGCCGGCAAUCACUGGAACGGCUUCUCGAAGGGUAAGAACAUCCGCACCAAUCAGGUCGGCCUUUUUCCGUCGUUUAAGGUGAACGAUAAGAUCGAAAUCGUUGACCUACCGACGUAUCCGGAUGUGAAAUAGUCCCGGUGGAGAAACGGAUAGCUACAUGUGCGGGAGUUGUAACGAUGAAUCCUAUUUGUGUGGUAUGCCCGAGAUUCAAGUGCGUUUGCGUUGGUGAAUGCUUUUUUUGUGUGCGUAUGAAUGUGCGAAAGGAUUGAUAGCUGUUGCGGAAGCGGAAGGAGCAAGCAAGGACAAACGGGUGAGGAAUGAACGUGCUGCAUUAAUUGUGUGA